AUGAAAGCUAGCUUGGUCUUUUCAGACCUAUGGCCUUCCUAUUUACGUUUACCAUUGGUUGAGAAUAUGAGGGCAAAAUCAGAUCCUAUGUUCUGCACUUACUUACUCAGAAUUGGAAAUGGAACAGAAGAAGAACGUACUUGUAAGUGCAUUAUGCUUUCGAAUAGUAUAAUUCUACCAUUUGAAGAUGAAAACACAUCUUUAAAAAUUUUGAUACAUCAUGUUUUUCCAAAUAUACAGGCAUAUGUUGACAAUUUACAUAAUAUGAUAAAUAGAGUUAUUCUUACACCUACGAAUGAAUGUGUUGAUUAUAUUAACAAGAUUUUACUCGAACAAAUUCCCGGUGAUUUUUCCACAUACUAUAGUUUUAAUGAAGCAACUGACAAAUCGGAACAAAGCUUGCAAGAAGAUUUCUUGAAUACUUUGACACCAAAUGGUAUUCCACCGCAUGAAUUGAAACUUAAGGUAAAUUGUCCUGUAAUGUUAUUACGGAAUAUUAAUCCUUCCGAAGGAUUAUGCAAUGGAACACGCCUUACUUGUCGAAAAUUUGAGAAAAACGUAAUUCUUGUUGAAAUUACAAUUGAAUCUCCUUUCUUAACCCUAAGCAAAACUCUAGCUUGCUUUCUCAAAACUCUUGCCAUUGUUCUCAAACUUUCAGAUUUUGUAACCCAACGACUAAAGGAGAGAUCCAUUUGA